AUGGAAGCUGUCAGUAUUUUUGCAAGAGAUACUUGUCCUGUCGGUAACGACUAUAAUGGUUCCAUGGGAGCUCGUAUUUCUUCUGUAUUUGUUAUCUUGGCUACAUCAUCAUUCGGUGCCUUCUUCCCAAUCUUAUCAUCAAGAUAUUCUUUUAUUAGAAUGCCUGGUUGGACAUUCUUUCUUGCCAAAUAUUUUGGUUCGGGUGUUAUUGUAGCUACUGCAUUUAUUCAUUUAUUACAACCUGCAAAUCAAGCUUUAUCUAGUGAAUGUUUAGGUGAAGGAUGGCAAGCAUAUCCAUAUGCUUUUGCCAUUUCUCUUUUUACACUUUUUUCACUUUUCUUCUUUGAAUUAGUUGCUUACAGACUUAUUGAUAAAAAACUUGAAUCUGAAGGUCAAUCUCAUUCACAUUUUGGUGAUGAAUCUGUUUAUGUUAAAAAAGAUAUCGAAUCUGAAUCUGAACAUGAACAUGAAGAAAAAGGUAAUAAUGAUGGUACAAAAGAAUUAGAAAAGCUUUAUCCUGAUCACUUUUCUCAUGCUCAUGAUCAUCAAGAUCCUGAAGCUAUUGGCACUCCAAUUCAAGAUAGUGAUAAAGAACAAUACUAUGGACAAUUAUUAAAUGUAUUUGUUUUGGAAUUUGGUAUUAUCUUUCAUUCUGUAUUUGUCGGUCUUACUUUAGCUGUUGCUGGUGAAGAAUUCAAAUCUUUAUAUAUUGUUUUAGUCUUCCAUCAAAUGUUUGAAGGUUUAGGUUUAGGUACUAGAAUUGCUACUACUUAUUGGCCAAAGGAUAAAAGAUGGACACCAUGGUUAUUAGCUGCUGGUUAUGGUUUAACUACUCCAAUUUCUAUUGCUAUUGGUUUAGGUGUAAGAGAAACUUAUCCACCAGAUUCUGCUAUUUCAACCAUUACUAAUGGUGUAUUUGAUUCUAUUUCUUCUGGUAUUUUAAUUUAUACUGGUAUUGUAGAAUUAAUGGCUCAUGAAUUCUUAUUCUCAAAUGAAUUUAAAGGUGAAAAUGGUUUUAAAAAGAUGCUUCUUGCCUUCUUCGUUAUGUGUUGGGGUACUGGUUUAAUGGCCUUAUUAGGUAAAUGGGCUUAA